UUGUCCCUCUCUCUCCCUCUGCUCUUCACCAGAAUCCUAGAAAAGCGUCAGCCCAAUGGCGAGACCAUCGAGCUUUCGGCCGAGGGCCGCCCAGAGCUUGUGGAGGAGAAGGAGAUGCCCGUGGUGGACUGCACCUGCUUCGGCCUUCCCCGUCGCUACAUCAUCGCCAUCCUCUCAGGCCUGGGCUUCUGCAUCUCCUUCGGCAUCCGCUGCAACCUGGGCGUGGCCAUCGUCAGCAUGGUCAACGACCACACCGUCUGGAAGGGCAACAAGGAGGUCCUGGUGGCAGCACAGUUCAGCUGGGAUCCAGAGACCGUGGGGAUGAUCCACGGGUCCUUCUUCUGGGGAUACAUCGUCACACAGAUUCCCGGAGGUUUUAUAUGUCAAAAAUAUAAAGCUAACAAAGUGUUUGGCUUCGCCAUAGUGGCCACAUCCACUCUCAACAUGCUGAUUCCAUCUGCUGCUCGUACACACUACAGCUGUGUCAUACUAGUCAGGAUAUGCCAAGGCCUCGUCGAGGGCGUAUCUUACCCAGCAUGCCAUGGGAUCUGGGCCAAAUGGGCCCCGCCUCUAGAGAGAAGUCGACUGGCCACAACAGCAUUCUGUGGUUCCUAUGCUGGAGCUGUGGUGGCCAUGCCUCUUGCUGGGGUGUUGGUUCAGUAUGUAGGGUGGCCUUCAGUCUUCUACGUCUAUGGCAGUUUUGGGAUAGCAUGGUAUCUGUUCUGGAUCCUGGUGUCGUAUGAAAGCCCGGCAGCCCACCCCACUAUCACCCCUGAGGAGAGGAAGUACAUCGAGGAAGCCAUCGGAGAGUCAACAGGUUUUGCCAAUCCUCUACAGAAAUUCAAAACCCCGUGGAGAGCAUUCUUCACGUCCAUGCCAGUGUACGCCAUUAUCGUAGCCAACUUCUGCAGGAGCUGGACUUUCUACCUGCUUCUCAUCAGCCAGCCGGCCUACUUCGAGGAAGUGUUUGGCUUUGAGAUCAGCAAGGUGGGGAUGGUGUCGGCCUUGCCACAUCUGGUGAUGACCAUCAUUGUGCCCAUCGGGGGACAACUGGCCGACUACCUGAGAACACACAAAAUCAUGACCACCACCAACGUCAGGAAGCUCAUGAACUGUGGAGGGUUUGGAAUGGAGGCCACUUUCUUGCUGGUGGUGGGAUACUCUCACACCAAGGUCAUGGCCAUCUCCUUUUUAGUCAUCGCUGUGGGCUUCAGUGGAUUUGCCAUCUCAGGUUUCAACGUGAAUCACUUGGAUAUUGCCCCCCGCUAUGCCAGCAUUUUGAUGGGCAUUUCCAACGGAGUGGGCACCUUGUCGGGUAUGGUGUGCCCUCUUAUAGUGGGCGCCAUGACCAAACACAAGGUACCAACACACACAGCGCUCUAUUCAAUCAAACUGGCAUUACAUUUAGCCAGUUACAUGGAGGGGAAUUACCAACACACACAGAGCUUUGUUCAACAAACUGGCAUUACAUUUAGCCAGUUACAUGUAGGGGAAUUACCAAGACACACAGAGCUCUGUUCAACAAACUGGCAUUACAUUUAGCCAGUUACAUGUAGGGGAAUUACCAAGACACACAGAGCUCUGUUCAAUCAAACUGGCAUUACAUUUAACCAGUUACAUGGAGGGGAAUUACCAAGACACACAGAGCUCUGUUCAACAAACUGGCAUUACAUUUAGCCAGUUACAUGGAGGGGAAUUACCAAGACACACAGAGCUAUGUUCAAUCAAACUGGCAUUACAUUUAGCCAGUUACAUGUAGGGGAAUUACCAAGACACACAGAGCUAUGUUCAAUCAAACUGGCAUUACAUUUAACCAGUUACAUGGAGGGGAAUUACCAAGACACACAGAGCUAUGUUUAAUCAAACUGGCAUUACAUUUAGCCAGUUACAUGGAGGGGAAUUACCAAGACACAC